AUGCAGUUUAUCACCAGGUCUUGCCCCCGGGCGGGGGCACUGCUGAGUCGCGGCCGCUAUUCUCGGCGCUUCCUUAUGGGUCUGCUCUUCACGUUCGUGCGCCUGCUGCUCUCGCGCCCCUGGAGGGUGAGCUCGGAACGCUCUCUCCUGGGUUGUCCCUUCGCUCAGAGCGGUGUCUAUAUCGCAGUGGCCGCCGGCCACGCCCACGCGGACGCCCCGCCCACAGCGAGGCCCCGCCCGCCCUGCCGCUGCGCACGGGACGAGUUGCAGGCGGAGCGAAUACGCCGGGGACUCCGGACGCUGCGUAGCUUCCGGUGGUGGCGGCGGCGGAUGGCGGCCCUAGAACAUCCUGCCCGGGAGACACCGGCGACCCCGGGCCCACGUACAGCCCGCGCGCCUGGCAGCCCCUGGCGCCCCGCGCCGCUUCCCAGCGCCCCGAGUCCUUUUACUGCCCCGUCUCCCAUCCAUCUGUGUUCAGUGCAUUCCACGUGCAGUGACGCAGCUUCCAGGGCGCAUCCCAUAGGCGGCGAAGGUGACGCAGCCUCUAGGAAGCAAAAGAAGAAGAAAAGCCGGAAUAGGGCCUCUGUGUCUAAUGGAGGCGGGAAGGCCUUGGAAAAGCCGGCCCCCGAGGAAGCCCCUUUAAGCCAGGAGUCCCAGGCGGAGCAGCUGGCUCGGGAACUGGCCUGGUGCGUGGAGCAGCUGGAGCUGGGCCUCAAGAUGCAGAGACCCAACCCAAAACAGAAAGAGCAGGCUAUUGCGGCCAUUCGAACCCUGCGCAGUGAAAGAACCCCUCUGCCCCGGAAGAGGCAGCUCAUGCGCUCCUUGUUCGGGGACUACAGGGCUCAGAUGGGAGCCGAAUGGCGCGAAGUCCUGCGAGAUCUCAAGACUGCAGCCCGCUCAGCCCAGGUGCAGCCCGUAGGAGAGGCCACCAGAAAGAAGAGCGGGAGGGUCUGCAGGCCUCGCCUGGCAAGGACAACCAAGGCCACCUUGGACACUCCUGACAAAGAGUUUAGGUUCAAUUUCUUUUAGCCUCUCCCCCUCCCCUGGAACUGUGCCCCUCCCCAGAGGUGUGGGGUUCUGUCUUGAGUGCAGAACCCUACCACAAAUACUGUGUCCCACGGAUGUGGGGUCGGUCCAUCCCUGCUUGGCCAGUUUAUUUGGUGCCAUGGUUGUCAGGUGUAUGUGAGACCAGCAUAUCAAGUUCUGUGCGAUAAGCAGAAGACCCCAUUUGUGGGUCUUCAGAUGAACGGUUCCUAUUGCUGGAAAAGGGGGUCCUUUCAGAAAGGCUUCUGCAGUACAGGGAAGUGUGAGCACGUGGCAGGAGCAAUAUCUUGCCCAGUGUUCAGGGUGAGACCAAGUGGCUGAGGGUGCGUGCAGAAGCAGCAUGAUUGCACAUUGGCACUCAGUGUGAAAAGGGCGUGCUGUCCCUCACUGUGGUGCUUUAUACCACUUUGUCACGGUGGCGUAAUAAAACUCUCAUAAAAACGGAUGAGUGAGAGUGUGUGCUAAUUGCCUGUGUUAGACAAGGUACAGAUGAUGGAGGUGGCUGGCACUGUGGUUUCAGGCUUUCUUCCAGUGCACGGUCCUUUGUGUUGCCUUCAUCCUGAGCAAGUGUCAUCUUCAGGGACCAGUGUGGCCCCCAGCAGGCCAGCCUUUGUUCUGAGAUGACCUCUUGGUGUAUUGCCUGCUGCAGGCGGGAGUUCCCAGGUCUUGUGCUGCAGAAUCGGGUUUUGUAGGGUUCUCAGCCCACCCCAGGGGCUUUGCUGGUGUCUCCCAGAUUUGCAUCCCAGACUAGACAGGUAUCUAGAGCUCACCCACCUAGUCAGCAUCUCUAUCUUGACUGUCAUAGACAUUUCAGACUAAUCCAGAGCAUUCUGUUAGCCCCAGAGCCUUUAUUUUCUGCUUUUUUGGGUUUGGCAGUACCACACGCCCAGUUGAUUAGGGUGGAACCUGGGCUGCCCUUGACUGCUCUUUGAUGCAUGUGCUCAGUACCUCACUGGCACGUGAGCUCUGUCUUCAAAAUAAAGUUCAGACCCUGA